AGAAAACCGCUGUUGUAGUUGUAAAGCGGAGCCGCGAAAACUUUACGGACCGUGAGCCGAAUGAUCUCCAAUUAUUUCUGCAGAAAAGAUGUUUCCGGCCCCAGAGAGGCAUAAGUUCCUGCGGCUGCAGCUCGUCAAAAUGCCGGAUAUUUCAUUUCGCCCGCGAUUCUGUCCGUUGUGGGUAGCGUUGCUAUUGGGCAGCACAAGCACUUUUUCCUUGGUUCGUGCAGCAGAACAAGUACCGGAGCCGCAACCGGAAGCUGCAGUGCUAAACGCUACCGCAACGGUCCCCACUGCUUCCGCCGUUGUUGAACAGUCGCAUCAUGCACAGUCUGCUACUACACCUCCCCCCGCCUCCGCCACCACCAGCCCCUGCGACUACCUGGAGGACGGGCGCAUGGACCCCGCCCGUUUCGACCAGGGCUACCGGUGCAAACCGAAGACCCUGGCCGACGACACCACUGCUAUGGGGGGGAACUGCCACAAGAGCAAGACGGAUACACCGGAACACGGGUUUUUCAAGUGCUCCGACUGCGAGCAUUGCGAGUUCCGGAGGGAGGAGAAAAUCUGGGAAAAAUGCUGGCACAUGUCGCAGAUCGACCCGGUGACGGAUUUAUUCAGCGGGGACACUACCACGGUAAACGCCAACGCGACCCACUGUCUCGCCGCGUGUAAAGAGUUCGUGGAAACGUGUUACGAUUUGCCGGAAGCAGAUUACGAAACCAAGAACUGGAACGGAGUGAGCAUGCCGGUCGAGAUAUCAAACAAAAAAAGUGCGUCACGAUCACUCAUGCGCAUUUUUGCAAUACAAAUUUUUCUGUCAUGCGUAAAAAUGCAUCACAGCCAAACUUCAUAAUGGACUUCCCUAGUGUUUCUGCAAUACAAGGAGAAGUUGCGACGCUGAAAAAAUUUGUAAUGCAAAGCCUGCAAGUUAGUGACUUUGGCAAACUUUUUUCUCUCCAUGCGAGACCUGCCAGCAGAGGUACAACAGCGGGAAAGGAACGGGUGGGCAGUGUACAACUACUAGUUCUACGUCGGGAGUAGAUCCCUGUUGCGCAAACGCGAACGCCUUUUACGACUCCUGCAUGGAAAAAAUCUUCCGGCACGAGCUUUUGGCGGAGGUGGUGCAUGACUGUUCCCAGGACGAGAAGCACAAGGCGGUGUUGACAACCUCAACGACGACUAGCACCAGCUCGAGUACUACAACCCCCGCUGCACAACAGGCCGCGGUCUCUUCGAUGUCUCUUUUGGAAGAGAACGAAAGUCAUCUCGACGGUCAUGCGGGGUCGUCUUCCAUUUAUUCCAGUAGAGAAUCAUCUUCAACCGAGUUGAAGACCGAUCACUGCACUUGCACCAACGGCACACCCGCAACGGGAACGGACUGCGGGGAUACUGACACGGAAAAGUGUGCGCAGUGCAACGCCGGGUUCGAGCUGGAUGUUGGGGGUGGUAUGACGUGUGUUGCUAGUAGUUCAACCAGCGGGAAUGGUAACACGACUGGCGGAGUGGGAGCAUCAUCACCAAUUUGCACCUGCGCCUACGGGACUCCGGCGGCCGGCACAGAGUGUACGAACAACCUGGAGGAGAAGUGCGUGCACUGUGACAGUGGCCACUACCUAGACAGCGCGAGUUCGCAUUGCGUGGCUUAUGCAACGACGGCAGCACCAGCAGGGACAACCACCACAACACCGCCCGCUCUCGACAGCUCCGCUUCCUGCGCCUGCGCCAACGGCACGCCGAAGACCGGUAUCAAAUGCAAAUAUGUUGUCUGGGUCUGGAAGGUUGCAACUUGUGAUGCCGAUUCUGGAAUAGGCAAAAACUUGUAUUGCGUGAACGCCCAGAGCUGGCCAUUUGUUGCUACGCAAAUAGGGAAUUUCUCAUGCGGAUUAGGCAUCAAAUGGAGGCCUGUGCAAAAUCUGUAAUGCUUUUGCGUGCAUUAGAGACCAUUUGCGCGAUCCAAAAGAUGCAUGACAAAGUUCUGCAUUCAUUCAGACCCAGACGUUUUUGCACCUGAUAACCGGCACGGAGUGCGACGCGAGCCCGACGCCGGAGAAGUGCGAAAGCUGUGAUGCGUAUGGGUUACAAAUAUGUCUGGGUCUGGAAGUUUGUAAUGCGCAUUUUGCAUCACCGGCGAUGUCUGUGAUGCAUGCCCUAGCAUCACAGAUAUUGCGACGGCUUUCUGAUGCCCGUACUGCAUGAGAAAUGCCCCCUCCGCGUAGCAAGGAGACCACCUCUUUUGCCCUUCCUGCAAUACAGAUUUUUUUGGAAUCCAAAUGCAGCAUCACAAGUUGCAUUCUUCCAGACCCAGACAUAUUUGCAAUGCAUAAUGCGGGAUUCCAUUUAGGAACAGGACAGGGCACAACUGCCGGCGAGUGUUUGAACAACCUGUGUACGUGCGCCCACGGCCAGCCGGCGACCGGGACUUCUUGCACCGGCGACCAGAUGGAAAUCUGCACCGUGUGCGCCGACGAGUACGAGAUGGUCGCGGGGAGCAAAGUGUGUACGGCGACGACAACCACCUCGACAACGACAUCGACGACAUCCACGACUUCCACCGUCCUUAUCUGUCAAUGCACCAACGGCGUGCCCGCGACCGGCGCCGCGUGUACGGGGGACCACGCGGAGAUCUGCAGCUCGUGUUUCGCCGGGUACCACUUGAAUGUUGAUGUGUGUGAAGUCAACAUCUGUACCUGCAACCACGGAAUCGCCGCGGCGGGAAAGAAUUGCACGGUGCACAACACGGAGCUUUGCGGCAACUGUGACGCGGGGUAUCACGAGAGUACCAGCGAUCCGCAGGGGCGGUGCAACGAAAACGUCUGCCAGUGCGGGUUCGGGGUCGGCGCGAAGGGGGUAGAUUGUCCGGCGCAAGACGCGCAGAAGUGCGAAUCGUGUGUGGACGCUUCGUACGAAGUGAGUAGUGACAAAACCUAUUGCGUGCAUUUGUUGCAGAUGAAACAGUUCGAGAUGUUGAUGGCGGAGGUUGUUGUUAGUACAUCAUCAUCGUCGUCGUUUUUUCAAAAAGUAUCCGCCGGUCCUGGCCACAUCGCGGAGCACGUUCUCUACGACCCGGCUUUGCAGGACGCCAUGAAGAAAGGCGUUUUUAGCUUCACGAACGACAAGAUAGUAGAAGUUGAUUUGAAACUGACCGAGCAACAAGUCAGGAAUUUACACGUCAACGAGUCGGACGCCAGCACUAUUUCUGAGCCGAGAAUUACCGUUACCUUUGAGAUCGACAGCAGUCUGAUGAAUGAACAGUCGUUGACCGUGCGGCAGGCGGAGAAAGUGGAAGAAAUCUGGAACAUGGUAGCGGAUUUGAGUAGUAGCGAGUACGGGGCGUUGGUCGAUUUGGAACAGUACGAAGUGGAUCUGGCGAAUAUUACUAGUUUGAACUUGAAGCUCUAUCCGGUUUUGCCCACUACAACCACAACAAGUACAACCUCGACGACUACAACAGCGGCGCCAACACCAGCACCAGUAUCUCCAACACCAGCAUCCCCAUCCCCAUCGCCAAGCCCGUCCCCCAGUCCGUCGCCCACCAAAUCCGAGGUUUCCGGGGGCUUCGAGGUAGAGUUGGAACUGACGGAAAGUGACUCAUCUUCGCUCAGCAGCUUAUUGGCGAAAACAACAUCGAGGCGCCUUGGCAAAUUGCAACAUCAUCAGUUCCUCGAAACAGCACCAAGCGACGAGAACGUCACUGUUGCGGCGCACAACAUUACGUUUGAAGAAGCGAUCAAAAAGGGCGUGGUUGACUACACCAACAUGAAACUCACGGACGACAGUCUGUAUCAAAUGCAAAAAUGUCUGGGUCUGGUGGAAGAAUGCAACUUGUGAUGCUGCAUUUGGAUUCCAAAAAAAUUUGUAUUGCAUGAGUAGCAAAGGGAAUGCAAUUUUUGCUACGCGGAUAGGGCAUUUGUCAUGCGAAAUAGGCAUUAAGAACCCCCCGAAAAAUCUGUGAUGCUACGGCAUGCAUCACAGACAUCAUGGCUCAUGCAAAACGUGCGUGACAAGUCUCAGAAUCUCCCAGCCCCAGACAUUUUUGCAUUUGAUAGUCUGCAUUUGGAGGAAAAUCAGGUUCUCAUUUUCGUCCUCACCGAUUACAACGCGACAAAAAAGGACGAAACGCUGGAUGUUCAUUUCGAAAUCCAAACGAACUCGGAUGAGCAGAAGCAGGCGGUUGAUGACAUUUGGAAGCAUGUGGACGACGACGAGGGGGAGUAUUCCGCUUUGGUUCACGUCGAGCAGGAUGAAGUGGCGGCCGCGGGUAUUGAGAACUUAGUGAUCAAGAAGCACACUCAAGCGAGGCAAGACGUCCAGUUGCGGAAAGUCGACCUUGGGUUGGAUUUGGCGAAUAGCGGCUCCGGCUCGGCGCAGGGCGAUUUGCAAGCGGUUUUGUCUGACGCAGGGUUCUAUCAAAUGCAAAAGUGUCUGGGUCUGGAAGAGUGUAAACUUGUCAUGCAGGUUUUCCAGGACCCUUGAGGUCUGGAAUGCAGGACCUAGCAUGACAGAGUCUGUGAGGUCUCUUUCAUGCCUAUCCUGCAUGAGAAACUCCCUCCCAACUUCCUUGGUCGAAAGUGGACAGCUUUUGGCACUCAUGCAACACAGAUUUUUGCAUGAUUCGGAUUUAGCAUGACAAUCUUCCAGAUCCAGACCCAGACAUUUUUGCAAUCCAUAGGUUCAAGAACGCGCUGCGGACUGGGAUUGUGAAGUGGUUCCAGGACGAGGGCGGGGUUAGUGAUUUAACCGAGGAUCAAGUUGUGUCAUUGAAUUUAGCGUGGAGCGUUGGGAGCCCUACUAGUUCUUCCGCCGCAGCGGCUUUUAUUUCGGAGAUAUCCGCGGACGGAGGGUCAUCGGCUUCGUUUCUGGAAAAAGGGGAAGAUGUUCGUGGUUCACCCGCAGCGGCGGGAAAGAAGAGAAGAAACACAAGCACCAGGGUGCUGCGGUAUGAGGAAGAAAGUAAUAGUAGAAAUCACGUCGUCCAAAAGCAAAACAGUAUCAAUGCUGAACUACGUCGAGGACCGAAAGACCAGCGACCGAUUCUCUCUGCCGUGCAGCUUCUCCGCAAGACAGCCAAAUCGUCUACCGAGUCAUCUGGAUCGACUACUAACGCGAGAGUCUACGUCGAGUUUGGCAUCCAGGCCACGUCCGCCCAAUCCGCAGCCUUAAACACCGCUUGGAUGUCGACGAGCUCCGCGUCGCAAGCGGUCACAAAACUGGACGACGGUAGUACUGCAAUGAAAAAUGCCCCCACCCCGGAAGUUACAAAAGUUUCUCAUGCAAAGUUUCCAAAUAAAAGCUUUUUGUCUUGAUGCAUGAAAGGAUUGCGAGCCUUUCUGGUGCAGAAUCUAGGUGCGCAAGGUGUCUUUUGCAUAAGAGAUCCGGCUGCUGUUGGGCUCCUUUGCAACACAAAUUUGAGCUAUUCAGUUUGGAAAAUUUGUGGUGCUGAUAUGGCCCCCUCAAAACGUAAGUUUUCAACUCGUAAGUGCGCUACCCAACUUUUUUGCAUAAAAUUACCACUUUUUUUUUGGUUUUUCAUUUUUCGCAAAAGUAGCUACUUUCGAUGAAAAAUUGCAAAACGUCGACUCCGAUGAUUUCACUAAAAGUAGCUACUUUACAAAAAUAGCUUGAUUCAUUUUUAGCAUGCUCAGCUCAUCAUUAGCUAGGACCCGGGCCGGCGACGGAGAGGUGAGGAGACGGACACACCAGGCUGCUCCGGGAAGCGCGUGUGGGAAAUGGAGAUCAUGUUCUUGCAGCUGCUCCUUGAAGCGAGUAUGGGAAACGGAGAUCAUUUUCUCGCUCUAUGAUUUGCAAUGAAGUAGCUUGCAUUCGGCGCCCGGAUUUACAAGUAGUCUGAGCGUUCGCUUCUUCUACAUAGUCGCGCGCGUGCGUGCCUGCUGUGUGCCUUUGGCAUGUGGAAUAGGGUCGCUCGACGCCUUCACGAAUACAGAAAGAGGCUUCUGGGUGUCUAUAGGUGAUGCAAAAGCGAGAUAUUUGGGAUGCCCGCCCCCCCGCUACGAAGUGAAAAUAUCCAGCCCCGAACAAAAGCCGUAUUGCAAGUCAUAGACUUCCGGAGCCCGACAAAGACGCCCUCUUGUUGGUUUGGACGGCCUGAAUCACAGCGGCAACAAUGGCGCCACUGUCGAAAAACGUCACAAAUGCUCAUCAAUGGAAGACCAUUUUGCAUCGUAAAAAGUGCCACUCUGCAUCUGAAGAAGCUGCUUUUCCAGCUUCUUGGCAUCGGUCGGAAGCUAAAAAAAGGCAAAAAAGCUGCCUGCGCAUGCACAAAGUAAGGAGCUUCAUCCGCUGCAGCUGCGUCUGCAUCUUCAAGGGAUCUAGGAUCUAGAGCCACCCCUCGGGACCAGGCGCAAGUGCCCUGGGUGUCCAAAUUGGUCCGCCACAGGCAAGGCAUUUGCGAUGCUUUUUUCCAUUGAUAGCCGUCCACAGCUCGCCUCCUUUCGACCAAUGUUGUGCCCUCGACGUGCGGCAAACAUUGGGCCGGGCGCCUCGCGGCUCGGCGCAAUCGGCCCGCCGGCAUUGUGCGCAACGCCACCACCGAGCCGGGGCGGGCGCUUGCCGCCCCAAUGCGCAACCCCCGGCCGCGCGCCCGGCUCGGGCGCAGCCCGCAGCACACCGCCAAGCCUUUGGCGCCCGCCCGCCCGUGUGCAAGGCGCUUGGCCGGUCUGCCGGGCGAGUGGCCCGAGCUGGCGGCGGGGGGCGACAUGUGCCGGCAUUGUCCCGCGCCCGCCGCCCGUUGAGCAGCGGCCGGCGGGGCUAGGUAGCUAGCCGAUCACUCAAGCAAAGCAAAGGAGGCGAGAACACCCCACGCCCCGUCCAUCCGUGUCCGCUUCGCGCAGACAGAGCGCGCAUGCAAAAAACGGCAGAGGUUGGUGGCCGCCCGGCCCUUGGCAAUGGUUCUGCCUUUGCGGGGUGGGAUCGAUUCGAGCCGGCCGGCGGCCGGCGACAAGCAAGAAGCAGGGCCGGCCGCGCGCGGUGGAUAGUUUGCUGAAUGGCACCAAGUGGACCCCCCAAGUUGUAGGCCGGGGCAGGCUGGGAGCAGGCGAGGCGGGGGCCGGCUGGCAGGUUGGCUGGGCGGCAAGGAAGCGCGCGGGGCCGGGGCAGGCUAGCAGGCCGGCGGAGGACUGCGCCGGCCGGCUUCGUUCCUUCCGACACCGACAGACGAGGGGGGGUCGGCUUGCGCGGGAACCUUCGCAGAGACAAGGGCCACCACCAAGCCGGCGCCCGCCCCGUCUGAAGGCUGGCAAACGCCGGCCGCGCGGGGGGGCGGGGCCCUACUUUCUUGCAAAGCAAUUCGCGGCCCGUGCGUGGCUCCUCCAUACAUUAUUUCCCAACAAGUGGGGCGCCCGCUAACGUGGCAAAACACUUCCAUAGGGAGCGCGCUCGCUAUUUGUAAAAAAAAUUUUACAACAGGCCGCGCGCUGUUUGUGCGAACACUUUUACCGGGCGCGCGCUACUUGUAAAAUUUUUUUUACAAAUAGACCAGCCGGGCCGGAGGGCCAAUGGCAAAGAAACGGGCCGGCGCCGCGGCCUUUCCCAUAUACACCCAUCGGGCGGGUGGGGCGGAGGGGGGGCGGCAAGCCGGUGGCCGACCUCUGGUCCGGGGUGGUGGUAAGGUGGGGGCCAACGCGCUUGGGGAUUUGUAGUUGCGUGGCCCACGUGCUUGAAGCUGCUACCUGCGUGCGCCCACAUGAAGCCGCCUCCCCUCUAUGUGCUGCCCUUCCCCGACUAGACGCGGGGCCAGAGGGCCCAACUACGGCCCUCUGCCUGCCGUCGCCCGCGGGCCGUCUACAUGUGAGUGCCGCGCGUGUUUGUUUUUGGCCCGGCUUUUCCGCCUUUCGCGCCAUUUGUUGCGGGGGCGGGCGACAUGCGCCGCGCCCACACACAGCUGCCCCACAAGCUACACACUGCGGGCCCCGCUCCCCCAACUACAAACGGGGGCGGGCCCACACACAGUAGACGACGCACCGGCCCAAGCCUGGCCAGGCUCGCGCCCAUGCAUCGGCCGCGCGCCCCGCUGGCUUCCUAGCUGGGGCGGGCCAGCAAGGUGCGCCACCGGCUAUGCUUGCUUACAUAGAAGCCGCCCGGGGAAAGCGGGCGAGCGGGCUAGGCGGGCCCGCCGCGUUUCCGGUUGCGGGCUAGCAAGGCUAGGCAAGCUGGCCCACAAGCAAGCUAGCAGCUGGCGCCCCGACAGUUCUCCGCGUUGCCUGGGCCAGCUGCACGCGCGCGCACACAGUUGGUCCGCCAGCGCCCCUCGGUGAAUCGGCGGGCCGGGCAGCUACCGGGGGCGCCCGCCUAGGUUGGUGCGGCCGUCGGGUCCGCUGCUUUGCGGCCCGGCCCCCCUGUCGCCGCCCGGCCAAUUGGUUCGCGUAGCUUGCCGGCCCGGCCCGGUAGGUUCACGCGCUCGAGCCCGGCCCGGCUCCGCUAUGGGCUUUGCCGAAAUGCCUGUGGCCCGGCCGCCCAACCACCAGCGAGGGGGCCUGCCCGAAGUAGUUUGGCGACCAGCUGCGCGGGCUAGGGGGCGGCGCUUUCUAUCUUCCCGGCGAUGGACGGCCCACAACAACCCGCUGCAGCCGGCCCUGUCCCAUGUUGCCCGCGCCGGCCCGGCAGCCAUUUCGCGCGGCCGGUCUGUGAAUGCUUUGGACGGACCAUCAUGCGCGCCCGCAGGUAGCUGGCCCAAAAUAUUACGGAGCGCAGCUAGCAGGCCAGGCCCGGAGUGAGUUCCCCUGCAAGCAAGCUGCGCGCAUCUUGGUGCUGUGCCAACUGCACGGACCGCCAGCAUUUUGCUGCCUCGCAGGCAUGCAGCCCGGCGCGGCCAUUUCCGUGCGGCGCCCGCCCAUUGGCCGCGUGGCCCCGAUGCGUUGGCACAUAGCCACCCCGCCGGCCGCGCGAAGCGGGCCGGCGAGCUACAGGAGCCACCCCCCUUCCGCUAGUAUGAUAAAAAAGAAAAGGCCAAACCACAGGCGGCCCACGCGCAGGCCCUCCGCUCCCAAAGAGUCCGCCGGCGCCGCGCUUCGCGUGCGUCGCUCAGCUGCAUGCGGCAAAACCGAGCGGGGCCGCCAUCCAGCUUGCUCUACGCAGCAAGCCGGCCGGCCCGGUAGCCGCUGGCUGCGCGUAAAAUGGAACGUACGGCGCCAGCGAUGGGGGCCAGCUUCGCGCGCCCCCCCCCCGCGUUCGAGACAGAGCCUGGAGCCAAGAGGCCGCCUGGCUUUUGGGCCGGGUUCAGGGUUCCCAACUUGCCCAAGUGGGCGCCGGCGCGCAUGCAGCUUGCUUGUUGCUUGGGCCGGCCGCCUGCAGCGGGUUAGCAGCUAGCGCAGCGGCCCCAUUUGGCCGGCAGGCGAGAAUGCUUGCCGGUGGCCCAGCUCGGUCCGUGUUUCGCGGCGAUUUUUUUGGCCCUGCGCCGGCGUUCCUCCCCCCUGAGUAGCUAUCCAAAGGCGGUGGGCACGCCGCCAAUGCGACUCCAUCGAUGGAACAACCUAGCGCACCAACGAACACCAGCGGCACGGGGCGGGCCGGCCCACUCUGGCGCAAGCAUCCCGUGGCUUGCAGUCCCCAUGGCCAUAGCCCGCAUGUUUGUUGCUGGCGCAAUUUGGCCAGCGGGCUCCCGCGCUUUGAAGUAGCCGCAUGGAUGCGCCAGCGCGCCUGCUGGCGAGCUAGCUGCUGCAGCAGCAGCCGGGCUGCGUGCAAGCUGCGUCCGCUCCGUGCGCGCGCGCGCCGGCGGGGGGCCCGACUCACUGAAUUUACCCCCGGCGCAGGCAGCCUGCCCAAGCCGGCAAGCCCUUGCGGCGCAGCGCUUGGGCCAGCUUGGUUGGCGCUCCCGCACGCCUGCAACAGGGCGGCCAGCUACUCACGGCGGGCGGCUGGUUGGCUGGGCAGGGCAGGCCCAUAGCGUGGGGCGGUGGUGUGAGUGGGGUCCUAAUAUAGCUGGACCGCGCUGCGAAAGCCUGUCGCGCUGUUUGCCGCAGGCCCCCGCGCCGGCCCGGUGGGGGUCGCUAGCCGCGUUGCCGGAGCAUGGGCCCCCCACCCCAGUCGGCCCCUCUCCUGGGCAAGCGGCGGCGCGCUCGCGGGCCACCCCGCCACAAGGGCCCAGUCCUGACUAACUCGCGGCACCAAGGUAGCAGGGCCCCUGCUUCAAUAGGCGCAUGACCGUGAUGGGCUACGCUAAGCAACAUGCGCCUGCAUGUCGGCGACAGCGCCUGGCCCCUCGUCCACAGUUUGGAUUGGACGGGCCCGCAACUAAUCGUAGGGGCCAGCUGCAUGCACCUGGCGGGCCAGUUGCAUGGCCCAGCCGCGUGCGCCGCGCGUUGUUUUGGAUGGCCCCCCCGGCUUGGCAGCCGCCCCACCCGCCCCUUGCGACCGGCCCGCGCGUUGCGCGCCUGGUUGUCUUUUCCCAGCCGGCCUCACGUAGGUGGCGCGCCGCGGGUACGAAAUGCCCGCCGGCCGCGGCUCGUUGCGUAUGUUCCUUCGGUUGGCCAACUAUAGUGGCCACAUGCAUCCGUUAAGCCGGGCGGCGGGCCUGCUAAUAACAAUGCGCCCGGCCGCGGGGGCCCGCCAAACGCAACCCGCCCAGCCACGCAGUAGCUACCAACCUACCCGUCCCGGCCCGUCGGCAAUUUCCCAAAUCGCCUGGAGCAACUACGCGCCAUCCCGUGCAUUUUGCCACCAGCGCCAGAAAGAACGCGAGGCGAUUCGGUGAAGAAAUUUGCCCAAGCGCGCCAGCCUGCCACACGGGCCGCGCACCGCCCGGCCUGGCGCGCCCAAGUACGACGAAAACCGCCCGGCCCCCAUUUGUUCGGCUCGAAGCCAGGCAGGUGUGGCCGCGCGCCGUUCGCUUGUUGUGGCCCGGCAGCUGCACGCAACAAGCCGCCCCCCGAACUAGAGGCACCGGGCCCCAACGCCCCUCUUUACGGAGUUCGCGCAGCAGCUUACUAUGGGGGCACACAUGGAGCCUGUUUGAACCGGCCGCGCCUCCCAACCGUUGAUCCCACCACGGUGCGCCGCAUGUUGUUGGUCCGUCCUUCAGCUAUAGUUAGGAGGUCGGCGCCUUCCUAGCCUUGGCUGGUGUGGUCUGGAGGGUGAGCUACAUGGACGAGCCACAUGCACGCAACCACACACAACCGGGCGGAGCCUGCCCGCCGGCGCCCAUUUCCGCCCUUUUUUUCUAUUUCUGAGAAAUUUCGCAACCUUUUCUGGAUUUGCUCUGGAAAAAGUUGCGAAAUUUCUCGCUGCGCUCUCGACAAUUUGUGUGGAGCGCACUUACGAGUUGAGAAAAAUGCAGCAUUUCAAUCGCACCCCCGAUGGUGUGCUGCACUUUUCUCAACUCGUAAGUGCGCUCCACACAAAUUUUCUCUAGUGGUGGGCGCACUUACGAGUUGAGGGCCUCCAACUUUCCCGAGAUUUGUGUUUGUCGACGACAAACAUAAACCUCGCGAAAAAUUAGAAAUCGCGGCCGUGAGAUGCUUCUGCGGUUGAGCUCGCGCGCGCAAUCGCAGAAACACGGGCGCGCAUCGCGGGCGUCAAGCUGGGCGCCGGCCCCCUAUAGCUGACGGCCGACCCAGCAACAUGCGUCGCACGCAGUCGGCUCGGGCAACGCGAUGCGUGGCCGAUUCCGACCGGCCUCAUGUGGGCCCCUAUGGUUGCUGCGCGAACUCUGCGAAGAGGGAUGGCGAGCCGGGCCCGUCUAGUUGGCGGCGCAGCUGCCUGCAUGCAGUUGCGAGGGGGGGGGGCCGCGCACGUGUGGGCGCACGCACCUGGCCCUGGGCACAUAGCUGGGGCCCGGGCGGGCUUCAUCAUGGGCGGGCCCGGUAUGAAGGCAAGGCGGCCCGCAUAGCAGGCGGUCUCGCUUUGGCAGAUUUGCCAUCUGCUCUUUGUUUCUUGCCCGCCGACGGACGCUGCUGGGACGGGAGGGAGGCCCACACCAACUACAUGCGGGGGGGCGGGCGCGUAGCUGUUCCAGGCGGUGCUGGGAUCUGCCGGCGGGCUUUGGCGGGUAGUCUAAUGCUGGGGCGGGCCGCAUUUCCUUGGCUAGCCCAAGCGGCCGGGCGCCCUCUUAUUGGCCCGCCACCCGGCUGCCCGGAUGUGGCCUCAUAAUUGGCGAACUGGACACACGCGCCGCGCUUCAAUACUUCGCGGCCGCGGCACCUACGUGCAACCGGUUGGCCAGCUACAUGCAGGCACACAACGGGCCGGGGGGGCGCUCGCUCGCAGCGGGCGGAGCGGCUGCCGCGUUGGAUGGCGGGGCCAGCCAAAAGCGUGGCGCUCGCAUGCGGCGCGCUGGGCCACUUAGCUGGGCCGCCAGACGGAUAGGGCUGGCCCCUGCGAUCAGGGGUGGGCCCGUCAUCAAAUACAGCGAAGGGGCCAGCUGUUGUCGCCGAAUUGCCGGCGCACGCUGUCCCCCGCCCCUCGUGGCCACAUGCCCCCAAGGCCGGCGCCGCCCUCCUGGCCCGCUACAUGUGGGGCGCGAGUACUCGGCCCAUGUGCCCGAACGGCCCGCGCGCGCCCCGCCGCCUACCCAGGCAGGUUGGGGGCUGAGAGGCGGCCGGCCAGGUGGGGGCCCCGUGCAACAGCGGCCAGCGACCUCCAGCAGGCGCGGGGACCUGGCCCAAAUACAUAGCGCGGGGGACCUCCGUUGUGCGGCCCGCCAAUAUUCGGGCCCAACACACUCACGCCACCGCCCCGCGCGGCGGACCGACCUACCCUGCCCAGCCAAGCAACUGGCCGCCCAUUGUGAGCAGCCGGCCGGCCCACUCCAUGUAGCUGCCCGGCUUGCCGCAGGCAUGCGGGCGCGCCAAGCUGGCCCAAGGGGCGCGAGGGCUUGCCGGCGUGGGCCCGCCGCGUCCGAGGUGAAGUUAAGUCAGUGACCCGGCCCCCCCGCCGGCGCGCGCGCGCACGGACAUAGCCUGCAGGCCAACCACAACAGCUUGAGCAGGCGCGCAGGCGAAUGCGGCUACCGCCAAGCGCGUGAGCCCGCGGGGCAAAAUACGGCCCCCCCCAGCCAGGGGGCCGGCAGGUAAUGGCAGGCACGGCGCCCAGGCGGUGGGCCAGCCCCCCCCCGCCCAAUAUCGUUGGCGUUUCUUUGUCCGCUAGCCAGGUUGCUGCGCGGGGCGUCAAGGGUGCUGGGCCCGCCGCUUUUGGAUCAGGAAUAGCACGCCGAAAGCUGGCCCUCGGAUUCCUCGUGGGGCGCAGAGCAUUCUGGGAAAAAAAAGCGCCGCGAAACACGGACCGAGCUGGGCCACCGGCAAGCAUUCUGGCCUGCCGGCCAAAUGGGGCCGCUGCGCUCGCUACUACCCCGCUGCGGGCGGCCGGCCCAAGCAUCAAUCUGCAUGCGCGCCGGCGCCCUCUGAGCCCUGAACCCUGAGCCCGGUUCAAAAGCCAGGCGGCCUCCCGGCUCCAGGCUCUCGAACGCGGGGGGGGCGCGCGAAGCCGGCCCCCAUCGCUGGCGCCUUUCCAUUUUACGCGCAGCCAGCGGCUACCGGGCCGGCCGGCUUGCUGCGUAGAGCAAGCUGGAAGGCGGCCCCGCUAGGUUUUGCCGCAUGUAGCGGAGCGACGCACGCCCGCGAAGCGCGGCGCCGGCGAACUCUUUGGGAACGGGGGGCCUGCGCGUGGGCCACCUGUGGUUUGGUUUUUUAUUUUUAACAUACUAGCGGAAGGGGGUUGGCUCCCGUAGCUCGCCGGCCCGCUUCGCGCGGCCGGCGGGGUGGCUGUAAGCCAACGCAUCGGGGCCACGCGGCCAAUGGGCGGGCGCCGCACGGAAAUGGCCGCGCCGGGCUGCAUGCCUGCGAGGCAGCAAAAUGCGGGCGGUCCGUGCAGUUGGCACAGCACCAAGAUGCGCGCAGCCUGCCGGGGAACCCACUCCGGUCCUGGCCUGCUAGCUGCGCUCCAUAAUAUUUUGGGCCAGCUACCUGCGGGCGCGCAUGAUGGUCCGCCCAAAGCACGCACCGACCGGCCGCGCGAAGCGGCUGCUGGGCCGGCGCGGGCAACGAACAUGGGACACACAGGGCCGACUGCAGCGGGUUGUUGUGGGCCGUCCAUCGCUGGGAAGAUAGAAAGCGCCGCCCCCAGCCCGCGCAGCUGGUCGCCAAGCUACUGCUUCGGACAGGCCCCCUCGCUGGUGCGUGGCUGGGCGGCCGGGCCACAGGCAUUUCGGCAAAGCCCACAGCGGAGCCGGGCCGAGCUCGAGCGCGUGAACCUACCGGGCCGGGCCGGCAAGCUACGCGAACCAAUUGGCCGGGCGGCGAGCGACGGGGGGGGGCGGGCCGUAAAGCAGCUGCCCCGACGGACGGCCGCACCCACCUAGGCGGGCGCCCCCGGUAGUUGCCCAACCCACCGACUCACCGAGGGGCGCUGGCGGGCCAAAUGCGUGCGGGUGCGUGCAGCUGGCCCAGGCAGCGCGGAGACCUGUCGGGGCGCCAGCUGCUAGCUUGCUUGUGGGCCAGCUUGCCUAGCCUUGCUAGCCCGCAACCGGAAACGCGGCGGGCCCGCCUAGCUAGCUCGCCCGCUUUCCCCGGACGGCUUCUACGUAAGCAAGCAUAGCCGAAGCCGCUGGCGCACCCUGCUGGCCCGCCCCAGCUAGGAAGCGGGGCGCGGGGCCGAUGCAUGGGCGCGAGCCUGGCCAGGCUUGGGCCGGUGCAUCGUCUCCUGCGUGUGGGCCCGCCCCCGUCUGUAGUUGGGGGAGCGGGGCCCGCUGCCUGUAGCUUGUGGGGCACCUGUGUGUGGGCGCGGCGCAUGUCGCCCGCCCCCACAACAAAUGGCGCGAAAGGCGGAAAAACCGGGCCAAAGAAAAACAAACACGCGCGGCACAUUCAGACGGCCCGCGGGCGACGGCAGGCAGAGGGCCGUGACUGGGCCCUCUGGCCCCGCGUCUAGUCGGGGAAGGGCAGCAUGCACAUGGAGGGGGGGCGGCCUCAUGUGGGCGCACGCAGGUAGCGCGCGGCUUCAAGCAUUCGGCCCACGGAACUACAAAUCCUUCCCCAAGCGCGUUAGCCCCCACCUUACCACCACCCCGGGCGGGCCAGAGGUCGGCCAACGGCUUGCCGCCCCCCCUCCGCCCCACCCGCCCGAUGGGUGUAUAUGGGAAAGGCCGCGGCGCCGGCCCGUUUGCCAUGGGCCCUCCGGCCCGGCUGGUCUAUUUGUAAAAAAAAUUUUACAAGUAGCGCGCGCCCGGUAAAAGUGUUCGCACAAACAGCGCGCGGCCUGUUGUAAAUUUUUUUUUACAAAUAGCGAGCGCGCUCCCUAUGGAAAUGCUUUGCGACGUUAGCGGGCGCCCCACUUGUUGGCAAAUAAUGGAGGAGCCACGCACGGGCCGCGAAUUGCUAUGCAAGCAGGGGCCGACCCCCCCGCGCGGCCGGCGGUUUUUUGCCAGCCUUCAGACGGGGCGCGCGGGCGCCCGCUUGGUGGUGGCCCUUGUCUCUGCGAAGGUUCCCGCGCAAGCCGACCCCCCGUCUGUCGGUGUCGGAAGGAACGAAGCCGGCCGGCGCAGCCCCCCGCCGGCCUGCUAGCCUGCCCCGGCCCCGCGCGCUUCCCUGUUGCCCGGCCAGCCGGCCCCCGCCUCACUCGCUCCCAGCCUGCCCUUGGGGGGGCCACUUGGUGCCAUUCAGCAAGCUAUCUAGUGCGCGCGGCCGGCCUUGCUUCUUGCACGCUUGUCGCCGGCCGCCGGCCGGCUCGAAUCGAUCCCCCCCCCCCGCAAAGGCAGAACCACUGCAAAGGGCCGGGCGGCCACCAGGCUCUGCCGUUGGUUUUUUGUGCGCUCUGUCUGCGCGAAGCGGACAUGAAUUGACGGGGCGUGGGUUGUUCUCGCCUCCUUUGCUUUGCUCGGCCGGCUGCCUAGCCCCGCCGCUGCUCAACGGGCGGCGAGUGCGGGACAGUGCCGGCACAUGUCGCCCCCUGCCGCCAGCUCGGGCCACUCGCCCGGCAGACCGGCCAAGCGCCUCGCACACGGGCGGGCGGGCGCCACAGGCUUGGCGGCGCGCUGCGGGCUGCGCCCGGGCCGGGCGCGCGGCCGGGGGUUGCGCAUUGGGGCGGCAAGCGCCCGCCCCGGCUCGGUGGUGGUGUUGCGCACAAUGCCGCCGGGCCGGUUGCGCCGAGCCGCGAUGCGCCCGGCCCAAUGUUUGUCGAACAGCGAGGGCACAGCAUUGGUCGGCAGGAGGCGAGUUGUGGACGGCUAUCAUUGGAAAAAAGCAUCAAAAACGCCUUGCCUGUGGAGGACCAAUUUCGACACCCGGGGCCCUUGCGGCUGGUCCUGCGAGGUGGUUCGAGAUCCUAGAUCCCUUGCAGAUGCGGGCGCAGCUGCAGCAGAUGAAGUGCCUUACUUUGUGCAUGCGCGGGCAGGUUUUUUGCCUUUUUUUAGCUUCCGACCGACGCCCAGAAGCUGUAGAAGCAGCUUCUUCAGAUGCAAAGGGGCACUUUUUACGAUGCAAAACGGUCUUCCAUUGGUGGGCAUUUGUGAGGUUUUUCGACGAUGGCGCCACUGUUGCCGCUGUGGUUCAGGCCGUCCAAAUCAGCAAGAAACUGGCUUUGUCGGGCUCCGGAGGUCUAUGACUUGCGCCACAGCUUUUGUUCGGAGCUGGACGCUUUCACUUCGUAGCGGGGGCGUGGGCAUCCCAAAUAUCUCACCUCUGCGUCACUUAUAGACGCCCACAAGCACAAAAAGAAGCCUGUUUUUGUAUUCGCGAAGGCGUCGAGCGGCCCUGUUUUCCAUGCCAAAGGCUCACAGCAUGCACGUGCGCGAAUGUGUAGAAGAAGUGAAUGCUCGUCAAACUACUUGUAGAUCCUGGCUCCGAAUAAAAGCUACUUUGUUGCAAAUCAUAGAGCGAAAAAAUGAUCACCGUUUCCCAUACUCGCUUCAAGGAGCAGCUGCAAGAACAUGAUCUCCAUUUCCCACACGCGCUUCCCGGAGCAGCCUGGUGUGUCCGUCUCCUCACCUCUCCGUCGCCGGCCCGGGUCCUAGCUAAUGAUGAGCUGAGCAUGCUAAAAAUGAAUCAAGCUAUUUUUGUAAAGUAGCUACUUUUAGCGAAAUCAUCGGAGUCGACAUUUUGCAAUUUUUCAUCGAAAAUAGCUAUUUUUGCGAAAAAUGAAAAACCAAAAAAAAAGUGGUAAUUUUAUGCAAAAUAGUUGGGUAGCGCACUUACGAGUUGAAAACUUACGUUUUGAGGGGGCCAUAGCUGAGAUAUGCAAGACGGGGUGUGUUUCCAUAGGAAAGGUUUGCAAUACAAAUGCUCGCAAGUUCUGGGGUGGGGGCAUUUUUCACUGUAAUAGGAAGCGCAGCGUAUACCAGUUUGCUCGCGGACAUAUCCUACCAAGUGCAAAAAUGUCUGGAAGAAUGCAAGUUGUGAUGCUGCAUUUGGAUUCCCAAGAGAAUUUGUAUUGCAUGAGUACCAAAGGGAAUGCAAUUUUUGCUACGCUGAGAAGGCAUUUGUCAUGCGGAAUAGGCAUCAAGAAGCCCUCAAAAAAUCUGUAUUGCUAGGGUAUGCAUCACAGACACCAUGGCUCAUGCAAAACGUGCAUGACAAGUGUCAGAAUCUUCCAGACCCAGACAUUUUUACAGUUGAUAUAUCCGUGGAGGUGGCGAACGUUGCGAGUUUAACGAGUUAUGGACUCACCAUGGUGAACUCGAAUACCAUAGUGGUGCCCACGUCGCCAGGGCCGAAAGGUGGCGGUGGAGGAGGUGGUUCCGGCAAGAACGGUGGCAAAGCAGCAGCUGGUGGCGGUGGAGAUCAAGAGUCAGACUCUACUUCCUCCACCAACACCACUAACGCGACAAACACCACAGCGGAAGAAAAGAAGAAAAAAGGCAACAUGGCGAUCAUCGGCGGCGCGUGUGUCGGGAUCGGGUUAUUGGUGUUGAUGGUGGUGGUCUUAGCCUCCUCGGCAAGUAUGGCUGCAGAAGCGGACAAGAAGGCUUUGGAAGAGGGGGCGGAGGGUGAGACUGCGGAUAGUAAGAAGGAUGGAGGUGAUAGAAAAGCUCCUCCUGCAAAAGAAGCUGCCGGUAAGAAAGAAGACAAGCCUGCAGAUGAGGAAAAGAAAGACGAACCCGCAGCGGAAGUGGGGAAAAAGGAAGAACCAGCUGCAGCAGAAAGUGAGGAGAAAAAAGCGGAAGAACCCGCGGCAGCAGCGCCAGCCGAGGGGGAGGCGGUGGCGGUGGCGGCUCCAGCCGCAGAGGGUGGCGGGGGAGAUGCGGCGGCGGCGGAGGCUCCGGCACCGGCGGAGGGAUCCUAGGUUUAUUCUUGUGACGGGCGACUCAGGGCUAUGUUAAUGAAGAGAAAAUUACUUAGGUUUCAAAGAUUUCGAGUACUUGCACAACUUCUUCGAACAAUUUACAGUACACUGACUUCGAACAAUUUACUUCACAACAGACGCCUGCGCAUUGACUUUUUUUGAAACGCAAGGAGGCGCAAUCGACGAAGUACAGAUAGUGAUAGAGUUUUCAGACCUUGGCCUUUUACGAUUUCGUUCGGAACAACAGAGUUGCCUUGCAACCAAUCAAUUAGCUACUUUUUCUUCGUGUACAAUCUUCAGAACAUCAGAGACAGUUUCAAAGAAAAUCACAAUGACGAGCGUACUGGACACGGCGGCCACGCCUUUGAAAGGCACACUGUAAGUACACGCCUGGGUUUUAAACAAAUGAGUUCAACAACAGCAGAUGAAAACAGGAAAAAUUUUAGUCGCUGGUACUCAGUCCGGCAUUUUCU